CCUGCUUUUAGGAGGCCGGAUGGGGGGGGGGGAGAGAGACGUGAUUGAAUGGCGCAGAAAGACCACGAAGGCUGCAAGUGCGCAGAGUGCAAAAUGAUGUCUGCGCUUGAAUCUGGAUUAUCUUCUCUUCCUGGAGAAAUGGAAAGGGCUGCAUUGGAGCCAGCUCAGAGUCCGGUGACCUUUGAAGAUGUGGCCGUGUAUUUCACGGAGGGCCAGGGGGCUCUGCUGGAUCCAGAUCAAAGGGCCUUGUACAGGGAUGUCAUGAUGGAGAACUAUGGGCAUGUCACGUCGUUGGGAUUUCCAUGCCCAAAGCCUGAACUCAUCUCCCAGAUGGAACGAGGAGAAGAACCGUGGGUGGCAGAAUGUCAAAACUUAGGUGAAGCAGAGAUCCCUGAUGCCUGCUCAGUUGACCCUCUGGGAAAGGCUGAGUGCCCCCAGUGUGGGAACCAUCGUUAUGUUGUGGUCCAGAGAAUCCUUGUGGGCAAGAAAUCCUUCAAAUGUUUGGCGUGUGGGACAUGUUUUGCUCAGCAGUCAGAACUUUUGUCACACCAGGGAACCCAGACGGGGAAGAGAACCUACACAUGCCUGGAGUGUGGAGAACGUUUUGAACAGCACUCCACCUUUGUGAGCCACUGGAGAGUCCACACAGGAGAGGAGCCAUACGAAUGCCUGGAAUGCGGGAGGUGCUUUCCUCAGCCCUCGGCCCUCAUGAAGCAUUGCCGAGUCCACGCCGCCAACAAACCCCACAUGUGUUUGGAGUGUGGGAAGUGCUUCGCUCAGGAGUCACACCUUUUGACUCACCAGAAAACGCACAUGCAAGAGAAACCCCAUAAAUGCUUGCAGUGUGGGGAACAUUUUGCCGACCACCCGGCCUUUGUGAGGCACCAGAGGGUCCACUCAGGAAAGAAACCUUACAAGUGCCUGGAGUGCGGGAAAUGUUUUGCUGACAGGUCCCACGUCGUGGCCCACCAGAGAGUCCACAAAGGAGCAAACCCCUACAAAUGCUUGGAGUGUGGGGAAUGUUUCGACCAGCACUCUGCCCUUGUGAGCCACUGGAUGGUCCACACAGGAGAGCAACCCUAUGAAUGCCUAGAGUGUGGCAAAUGCUUUCCUCGGCCUUCAGCCCUCGUGAAACACUGCCGGAUCCACACCUCUGAGAGGCCCUACACGUGCUUGGAGUGUGGGAAGUUUUUUGCUCAGCAGUCGGGCCUUGUCAAACACCAGCGCAUCCACACAGGGGAGAGGCCCUACACGUGCUUGGAGUGCGGGAAGUCUUUUGCCGACAGCUCGUCCCUUGUGAGGCACAAAAGGGUCCACACGGGAGAGAAACCUUUUGCCUGUUCGGAGUGUGGGAAAUGCUUUUCAGACAGAUCAAAUGUUUUGGCUCACAAGAGGGUCCACACGGGAGAAAGGCCCUACAAGUGUUUGGAGUGUGGGAAGUGCUUUUCUCAUCGGUCACACAUUGUGAAACACCAGAAGUUCCACAUGAAAGAGAAGCUCUCUGGGCCCCAGCAGCCCCAGGGGCUAGCCCCAGGCAAAAUGCCUUAUCCUAGGACAAUCAAACAAGAAUUGCUCUGAAUCUCUGGGGAGACAUUUUCCCCUCUAAAAAUCACCAAAGGUCUUUGUGCAGUACUAAGCUUUUAAACACAUACCCACAGUGGACUUUAGAAAAAUGAAAGUCUACAGUGGGGAGUUAUCUCGGGUGAUAGCAUUGUAGCAAUUGAGACCAGAGCUGGUUACAGUGAAUGACGCACUUUCCAAGGUCUGAACUAGAUAUUAACAGAGAGAUUUUUGGUUAUAGCUGACUUGCGUUUAUUUCUUCUGUUUGUCCUAUAAAGUCAAGUGGAAAGAGACAAGUGACCUGAUGUUAUUGCACUCAGCAUUUCCCUGCCUCCCAGAAUUAUUAUUAUUAAUAAUAAUAAAUUUUAUUUAUGAAUCGCUUCCUGUGAAGCAUCUCAAAGCAAUUUUACCAUACAAUAAAACAUACUGUUACUCGUUAUUAAAUUUCUAUCAAUUAAAAACCACUACCUAUGUAAAAACAGUUAAAACAAUUACAUAUAUUAAAAACAAUUUUAAAUCCGGUACAGAUACUGAGAUUUAAAAAAAAAUCUCCACUUAGAAAUCUUAUUGAAAGAGCAAAGUGAAACUGGGGGAGGGGGGCACUGGGGAAAUACCAACCACAGGGGUGUCACGUUAUGUGAAUUCUUAACUAGAAGUUAAGGAUUCAGCCUUGUCUUUAACAACUUACCGGGCUACCACAGGUAAACAGGAAAUCUGUGCAGCUGAGUGAGAGGGCUGGUGGAAGGGAGCAGAUCACUCCAUCCCUCCUCGGCCCAUGGUUUCUGCACUAGCUGUAGAGGAAGGAAAGUCUCUUCCUCCAUUGCCUGUCAAGAAACUGCAGCAGGCUGGUGGGUGGUGGUGGUGGUAGGAGAGCUGGAUCACACUCUCCAUGCUUGUUAGAUUUAAAAAAAACAACGAAUAGCCUGUGAAGAAGUUAGUAUCCUAUAUUUCCAUGCUGGCAGUGGAGGAGAUUGCCCAUCAUGGAAAUGCAGCCUACAAGGGGGAAAAUGGCAAGUUGUGGUGGUGAUUACCCGCCCUUCACCAGCAGGUCUCAGGAUGGGUUGCAGCAAUGUAAAAUCCAGUAUUAAAAGCAAUUAAAAGUCACAGGAAUCGGGUGGGUUCUAAAAACGCACAUCUCAGGUGUCAAAGGCCAGGGUAAAGAGUGUUAUCUUGCUAACGUAUUUACGAGACUGAUUUAAUGAAUAUAGUUUUAUAUAGGGUAAAAUAGUCAAAAUACUACUGUUGAUAAGAGAAGCAGCAGCAGCAGCCAGGAUUCUAGUUUGCGGCAGGUGAUGGGAUGUGGAGAUUAUCCCAGCCAUGGGAAUGUAUGGGAGCGGGGGAAGCCCACAGGGGCAGCAAUCUGCCUUUACAAAGUAGUAUUCCUCUUGACAACUCGAAUCAGUUAGAUGAAUUGUUUGGGGCUGCUGCAGGCAUCUCAUUUGCAAACGGUUUAAAUCUCUCAGUUGAUGAGGAUAAGCUUUGUUAAUGUUCUUUUUACCUGUUUAAAUCAACCACGGCAGGAAGUUCACACCAUUUUUACUAGUCUGCCCACACAUGUAAGUAAUUUGUAGCUGAUCAAACAGACUGAAAAAUAAAGAACUCAGACUUCCUUACCUGCUUACAUAAAGACUUUCCUUAUUGGACACAGGAGAAUCCCUCUUUAAGACUUGAUUUAGGAAGCUGCCUUACACUGAGUCAAACCAUUGGUCCAUCCACCUCAGUACUGUCUACCCUGACUGGCAGUGGCUCUCCAGGGUUUCAGGCAGGAGUUUCUCCCAGCCCUACCCGGAGAUGCCGGGGACUGAUUUGGGACUUUUGGUAUGCAAGGUGCAUGCUCUGCCACCGAGCCGCGCCCCUUCCCAACCAGUCUGAUGUACUGUAUAUAUUUCCCUAUGUUUGUUUGUUUUGCUUUCUUGCAAAUAUAAAAAUAUUUAACUUCCCUUGCAAAUAUAAAAAUAUUUAACUUUUACUCUGCUUUCAGUUUUGCAUUGAAAAGUCAGCAUGCUAAUAAUCUGUUUAUCCAACAUCUGCUUUAAUUCCUUAGUGUUAACGUCCCUUGCCUUUGCGUUAUAUCUCACUUUGCCUCCAUCAGCUUCCCUCUGAGUUAAAACUGAGAAACACUAGUUAUCCUAAAUGUAGAGAUCUGCAUUUUAUUCUUACUGAGCAACCUUAUGCAUGUUUACUCAGGAAUAACUGCUUCUGUGUUCAGUGGGACUUCCUCCCAGAUAAGUGUGUGUGGGAUUGCACCCUUUAGUAUACUGAAAGGUAUCCAACUCAAGACAGGCUCCCCCCCCAGUAAUGGGAUAGUUGAAGACUUGAAUUGACAGAAGCAUGCAGCUAUUUUUGUGCCUUGCAGGAAAAGUCCUGGCAGAGUCUUCAGCCACACACCUGGCAGGUGAGACUUGCCCCUUCUCAAGCGAUUUCACUACAGCAGUUGAGAAGCACUUUUUCCAGCCCAAGAGCCUCAUUCUCUUGUGCGGAACCUUCUGGGGGCCACAUGACAGUGACUCCUGGGGCCAGAGGCAAAAGAUGUGGCUCUUGUUCACUAAGUUAUAAAAGUGAAGGGUUUCUAUACACCCUCCCCACAAAUAGGGCAGUCCAGCCAGGCAAAAACAUUUAAUGGGGGGUGCAGAGCAGAGGGAGUUGGGUGUCGUCUGGAGAGAGUCCCGGCUGCCAGACAGAGGAAGCCCAGAGGGCCACAGUUGGUCCCCAGGCCUGAGAUUCCACACCCUUGCUUGAAAGGGAAGAAUCCUUUUUAUUCAGUCUUCCUUACUAGUGUUUUUUUAUUCCUUUGUUUCUGCUUGCCAUCUCAUCACAACUGGGGAGUGGGGGGAAGUUGCUCCUUGUACAGAAAGAGAGAGUACUUCAUACAGAGUGACAGCAAAAGAGUGAAGAAACAAACUGCCUUCCACUGUGAGGGUGAACCUGUGCCAGCUAUUUACAGUGCAAUCCUGUGCUUGUCUACAUAGAAGUAAAUCCCAUUGACGGCUUGGAACUUAGGUAAGGCUAUAUAGGAUUGCAGCCUUAAAACUGGCUUAACUGCAUUACAAUCCCUAGGAUGCUUUGAGUGGAAGCACCAUGGCAGUAAAACUACCGUAUUGAUGUAGAUUCUGCAAUGUAGAUCCUCAAUUUCCUUUUUGCCAUCACUAGGCAGAAGCUCAAUUUUUAUGUUGCCCUCUUCACCAUCGGUAUUGGGAAAUGAGGAGAAGAAUCAUCUCCAGCUUAGCAUCUUUCAGUCUAAGUUGCUUCUGUGCAGGAGAGAGACCUUUUAUGUCCAGGAUUUGUUCCCAUUCCCACAAGAACAUUUAGUGUCUGUAUAAAUGCCUCUAAAGUAUUGCAGAACAAUACCGAGUAUGUAUUGCCUGCAUAUAAAAAUGGGAAGGAUCCAUAGUCUAGGGGCAAGACAUUUAUGUAUUUGGGUGAGCCUGGACUAUUUAGUGACUGUUACUUUUUUAUUUAAGCAUAUAGAACUUGGAUUUGCAACUCUUAUUUCUGCAAAUCUCUACAAUUUCCUGGGGCUGUUUUCAGUCUUAGUCAUAUCCUGAGCAGAUCCAUUGAAAUUAAUGGACAAAGCUAACUAAGGUCUAUUGAUUUCAAUGAGUCUCCUUUCAGUAAAAUUUAGUUGGAUGCAAACCCAGGAAAAUACACUUUACAAGUGGAAGUGAGAACUACCAAUAAAGAUUGCAUAUAUUUUGUUCCAUCUGUAAAUCUUAUUUUAUAAAUGUAUAAAGAAAUACUCCUGGUCUACUCAGUGUAUCCAAAUUUCCCCCAUGAUUUGAGAACUGUUGUCUAGAAGGAUACUAUUAUUUUCACUACAUGGUCUGAAGGCACAUAAGGCCAGCUCCCUGCUAAAGCUAAGCAGGGUCAGGUCUGGUCAGUGCCUGGAUGGGAGACCGCCUGGGAACCAUAGAUAAGCCACCUUGGGUUUCUGUCAUGAAAAGAAAGGCGGGGUAUAAAUGUAAUAAAUAAAUAAAUAUCCUUUGAGUAAACAAA